AUGACCAGCCGAAUCCGCCCCCCAACCUUCCCAGACCUCUACACCCAAGCCUGCACCGCCUUCACGCAUAAACUGCAAUGCCAAGUCUUCGCCCUCCUAAGUCCAGGCCCAAGCCCAGACCGGCAGGGGAUAGCCACGCGUCUGGAUGAACUGGCCGAGCGCAUCGUGCAGCUCGGCUUCCUGGGUGAAGUCGGCGAGGUGGCAGUUCGGAAGGGGAAUAGGGUGUGGGCGAAGUGGGGGGCUAUGCCGAUUAAGGAGAUCUGCUUUUUGGUUAAGAAGGAGUUGAUGUUGUUGAGAACGGCUGUGGAGAUUGUGGAGAUUGGGGAGUUGGGGGAGUUGGGGCCUGAGAGGGUUGGUGUUGCGGAGGUUUUGGUGGGGGUUUUGGAGGGGUUGCCUUUUUAA